AUGGCUACAUGUUCAAUGAUAUUUGGUCUCAUUUUGACACCACUUGGAUGGAUUUUGCUUCUGACAGCCACAGUCACGCCUCAAUGGAGAGAAUUUGCACAAAGGCCUGGGUACUCACUAGACCUCUUCUUCUAUGAUGGAUUAUGGGAGACUUGCAAAGAGGUGACCACUUUCAACAUUCGAGAGUGCAAGCCACUUUUGAAAGAAGCUGUGGCUUCCUGGUGGAUCCAUCUACAGCGUUUCUUAGCCAUUAUAUCUGUGAUCAUAGGAGCACUGAGCUAUGUUGCUGCUCAUAUAGGGGUGCAUUGGUGGGAUGAUAAUUCUAUGCCAAAUCUUACUGGAUCUGCAGGACUGUUUAUUGCUUUGGCUGGAUCUCUGUAUAUUUGUGUUGUCUCCUACAGGGCAUUUGAAAUUUUAUCUGCUAUUAUGGACUCAGCCAUAGAAGGUGUAGAGAAAUUUUCAAUGGGCACUUGUUUAUACCUUGGAUGGUGUGGGGGAUUUGUUGUGCUGAUAUCAGGAAUCCUACUGAUGUGUAAUUACAGUUGCAAGUGUCCAGCAAGAGACACUGAUCUCCAUUAUGGUCCAAAUGUUUAA